AUGGCAACAACGCCAGUAAAACAGUCUUUGAAUGAUAUUACGCUGCUAGUUCAGUCGACUAAGGGACAAGUUCCUCCUCCAGUCAUUGGAGAGACGUCUGUCAUUAUCGAUAAUCAUGUCUAUGUUUUCGGAGGUCGAGACGCUCAGUCGAAAAAAUUGAGAAGCAAUAUGUAUAAAAUGGACAUCAGUAAUUUCUAUUGGUCAGCCUUGAAUUCAGAAGAAUCACGUCUCCCGACGCCGCGUUACUUUCACUCGAGCACGGUUUGGAAUAACAAGGUCAUUCUGUUUGGCGGUAUCGGUGUGGACGAAAAUGAUCAGCUUUAUGUGUUAAACUCGUUGGAAGUGUUUGAUAUCAUUACUGAAAGUUGGGAAGCGUUCGGUUCAGUGGAUCAAGAUCCAAACCUCAUACCAACUCCACGUUACGGACAUCUUGUCUCUGUUCUCGGCGACUACCUGUUCGUGUUCUGUGGACAGGACUUGGCUAAUAACUACAUUGAGGAAGUGGGCGUCCUUGAUUUGAUUCAACAAAAAUGGGUGUACCUGGGUCCCUUCAGACAUCACUGUGGUAUUUAUCGUGCCAAUGUCCUUGAAAAUGUCACAAAAGCUAUGCAGACAAACUUGCGCGCAGCACCACCCAUUGUGCCUAGUGACGAGACUUUUAUUGGGACGAUCGCAGUUUACUCUAAUCAUAACUUUGCGAAUGUCAGACGAAUGUUGUUCGUUAUGGAUGUGACCAGGACUCAAAAUGGCGAGUUUACCAUUCGUGAACAGGACUACUCGGAAAUGCUAAAGGGAGCCUCGAUGCCUCCUGGUCUUCGGUUCCCCGUCGUUUACAGUGCGGGAUGCAAUAUAGUUAUUGCUGGUGUUUUCCUCACGAGUUCUAAGCAGGCUUUUGUCUUUUGGGCUUUCAGCACUGAGACCAAACAGUGGAAGCAUGUGGACAUACAGGGCGUGCUGAACUUGGGUGCCUGGUUCCGUUCUGUGCACCUCCCAGACACUAACCAAAUUCUUACUUUUGGUAAUAUGGAGGGCAACUUGGUUGAAGCCUAUAAUUCGCGAGAGUCCAGUUAUGUUCAUGCCGUCACAGUUGAGCUGGAAGCUUACGGCAUUUACCCCAAACCACUGGAUGCAUUUUCAAAGCAAGGAAGGGAAAUUGGCGAGCUGAUGUUGAGCGGACCAAGCGAUAUGGAGAUUUUGACACUUGAGCGUCUUCACGUUCCCUGUCUUUCGAAAGUCCUGACAAAGAGAUGGGCCUGUUUUAAGGGCGUCCUUGAAACUUGUGCAAAUAACAAUCAGAAUGAAUUUCGCCUAAAGUUGACGAAUUUUGGCUCACAAGUCACAGAUCUCCCAUUCUCAACAAUUCAAAACACUGGCAGUCGUGUUUUAUACAUGCCAUAUACUUUUGAUACGUGUUCGGCCUUUGUAUAUUACCUUUACUGCGGCUGCAUCAAACCAGAGUAUCGUACAGUCAGUAUUCUAUGUACGUUGCUACUACUUUGCGUCAGUUCCCAUGGGUUGGAACACUUAAAGAAACACGUUACUCAUCAUUUGCAUGAGUUGAUGACCGCGAAGAACGUUGGACAAAUAUAUGAAACUGCUGCACUGACUGGAGAAAAGGGGCUUCAGCUUCGUGCUCUUAGACUUAUGAUCAGCUUGAACCAUAGACGUCGUACUAGUUUUAACGCCGCCCAGACUUCAUAA